UCCGUAGAGAUGGGGCCCCGGAGCAAUCUAGAGGGGGAUGGGCUCAGAGCAGGUAGAGGGGACUAGGCCUUCCCGUUGGCGGCCCCCGCUUCCUCCAGUAGUCCAGCGGCUUUCUUGGGUUCCUCCCGCCCUGGAGGGGGAAGGUCGGCUGCCGGAGCAGGGGCGGGGCGGAGACCCUCCCCCUGGGGGUCUCCCCUCCCCUUCAGGUUCAGCCAAGCAGAGAUGAAACCUGAACCCAGGUUGGGGGCGGGGCCGGCUCCUGCUCAGACGGGUUCGGCCUAGCCUCCACCCCUCUCCACCCCCCGCCCUCCCGCACCCUGGCUGGCUCCUGGAAGAGUAAGGUCCGAGUUCCCAAGCAGCUGGAGUAGGGCCCGAGAUGGAGUCCGCAGCCCGGGGUCGCGCCCCGCCCUGACAGCCCCCUCAGCCUGCCAUGCUGCCCCGAGGGCGCCCCCGGGCGCUGGGGGCCGCCACGCUGCUGCUGUUGCUGCUGCUUUUUGGAUUCUUCCUGUUCCGCGAGGAUCUGGAGUGCGAGCGCCGCGAGCGGGGACGCCCGGGAGCCUUCCCCUGUGUGCUGACGCCACGCAUUCCCCUCGACGGGCGGCCACGGGGGGCUGCUGCCCUCGACGGAGACCCGCAGGUGGACCACGGGGGCCACAACCAUUCGGACUGCGUCCCGCCACAGCCGCUGCCUCCCAGGUGCGAGCUCUUGCACGUGGCAAUCGUGUGUGCAGGACAUAAGAGCAGCCGAGAUGUAAUCACCCUGGUGAAGUCCAUGCUCUUCUACAGGAAAAACCCACUGCACCUCCACCUGGUGACUGAUGCCGUCGCCAGGAAUAUUCUGGAGACGCUCUUCCACACGUGGAUGGUGCCCGCUGUCCGCGUCAGCUUCUAUGACGCUGAUGAGCUCAAGCCCCAGGUCUCCUGGAUCCCCAACAAGCACUAUUCCGGCCUCUACGGGCUGAUGAAGCUAGUGCUCCCCGGCGUCCUGCCGCCCGACCUGGCCCGUGUUGUUGUCCUAGACACCGACGUCACCUUUGCCUCUGACAUUGCGGAGCUCUGGGCACUCUUUGCUCACUUUUCUGACGAGCAGGCGAUCGGUCUCGUGGAGAACCAGAGCGACUGGUACCUGGGCAACCUCUGGAGGAACCACAGGCCCUGGCCCGCCUUGGGCCGGGGGUUUAACACAGGUGUGAUCCUCCUGUGGCUGGACCGGCUCCGGCGGGCUGGCUGGGAGCAGAUGUGGAAGCUGACGGCUACACAGGAGCUCCUCUCCCUGCCCGCCACCUCCCUGGCUGACCAGGACAUCUUCAAUGCUGUCAUCAAAGGGCACCCGGGGCUGGUGCAGCCCCUGCCCUGCGUUUGGAAUGUGCAGCUGUCGGACCACACGCUGGCGGAGCGCUGCUACCUGGAGGCGGCUGACAUCAAGGUGAUCCACUGGAACUCACCAAAGAAGCUACGUGUGAAGAACAAGCACGUGGAAUUCUUCCGCACCCUCCACCUGACCUUCCUGGAGUACGAUGGGAACCUGCUGCGGAGAGAGCUCUUUGGGUGUCCCAGCCCGCUGCCCCAAGAGGCUGAGCAGUUGCAGCGGGCCCUGGCACAGCUCGACGAGGAGGACGCCUGCCUUGCGUUCCGGCAGCAGCAGCUCCUGGUGCACCGUGUGCACAUCACUUUCCUGCCUCACGAGCCACCACCCCCCCGGCCCCACGAUGUCACCCUUGUGGCCCAGCUCUCCAUGGACCGGCUGCAGGUGCUGGAAGCCCUGUGCAGACACUGGCCGGGCCCCAUGAGCCUGGCCUUGUAUCUGACAGACGCAGAGGCCCAGCAGUUCCUGCGUUUCGUCGAGGCCUCAGCGGUGCUCUCCGCCCGGAGGGAUGUGGCCUACCACGUGGUGUACCGUGAGGGGCCCCUCUACCCCAUCAACCAGAUUCGCAACGUGGCCUUGGCCCAGGCCCUCACGCCUUACGUCUUCCUCAGCGACAUUGACUUCCUGCCUGCCCACUCCCUCUACGACUACCUCAGGGCCUCCAUCGAGCAGCUGCAGCUGGGCGGCGGGCGGAAGGCAGCGCUGGUGGUGCCCGCCUUCGAGACCCUGCGCUACCAUUUCAGCUUCCCCAGGUCCAAGGCUGAACUGCUGGCCUUGCUGGACGCUGGAUCUCUCUACACCUUCAGGUACCACGAGUGGCCUCGGGGUCACACGCCCACAGACUAUGCCCGCUGGCGGGAGGCUCAGGCCCCGUACCGCGUGCAAUGGGCAGCCGACUACGAGCCCUAUGUGGUGGUGCCGCGUGACUGUCCCCGCUACGACCCCCGCUUCGUGGGCUUUGGCUGGAACAAGGUGGCCCACAUCGUGGAGCUGGAUGCACAGGGGACUCCCAGCUUCCUCCCCUUCACAUUUGUGGGAAAGUCCCAGCCGUCUCAGAAGCCACCCCUUCCUUCUUGGCGAGGUGCUGACCCCAAGGAUGGCUCUAAGUCAGGUGAGGAUGGGCCUCCUGUGACCUGCCAAGGGCGCCCCGCCCAGGGGUGGGGGCGAGACCCACAGUCACUCACACAGAGCAAGGCUGCUGCCACACAACAGAAGCCUCGGAAUCUGGAGAACUCAGCGCCUGGAAAACGUGCCUGGGCCACCGUCCAUCCUACCAUCCGAAGAGACUUUUGCCCCUGGAGUAAAAGUCUCCUAUGAAGCCCUUUGGAUAAGUAAGAAAGACCACACCCCAGAAGGGCGUGAGGGGAGGACACCACGCAGGGCAUGCUGCGUCCGCCCGUUGGGAGUGAGAGCCCGAGGAGGCUCUGCACCCCCAGGACAGGCAGUGUGGGAGCCGGCGGAGAGGCAACUGCGCGCAGAGACAGAUGAGUGGGGAACACGCCACCUCCUGGGAGCAGCUCGGGGCAAGCAGCCGUGCCCGUUCGUGCCCCCCACGGAGCCUGAGCCAAGCAGCAGCAGGGACAGAGUGGUGGUCCCUCUGGAGGGACACUGGGCCCUCAGAGGGUGCCAGCUGGAGGCUGCCUUGGCCCCACACUCGGCUCCCUGCCAGGUACAGCCGGUAGCUUUGCCCCAAGGGCCUGAUGUGGAAGGAAGGAAGGAAGCAAGCAGGACUCCGGAUGAGCUCAGCAGAGGUGAGACAAGACUCGGCAGGCUGAGAGAGAGAGAGAGAGAAAGGACCCGCAGGCCACAUUGGCAAGAAAGUGAGCCAAGGAUGGAGAAGAUGAGAAGAUGACAGCAGUGUGACCUCACUGCCCCCCCCCUCCCCCGGGCAUGGCGCUGCCUGAGCCGCAGGACUGACGGUGGCCCCCACGAGGGGAGGGGCCGGGUGGGCGGCUUCCUGGACCCAGACCAGCAGAGCCCGGCCCCUGGAGUGACUACAAAGCCAGGCCGUCUCUGAUUUGUCUGCCGCUCCUCUCAGGUGUGGGGAGGAGAGGAGUGGGAGGGGUGGGAGUCGUGAGGGUGUGUCUCAGGUGGGCACAGGCACCACAGGUCUGGGGGACGGAGAGGGGGCGUCCCUUGGUGGGGCAGGGAGGCAAAGGGAGACGGCAACAGUGGGCUUUUUCUUUGCGGUAGGGUGUUUUGAAAUUUGAGUCCAGAAUGUGGGUUUGGGGCAGGGUUGCAUUGUUGGACUCCCUACUAGCUGACUCCCCAGAUGGCUCCCAUCUGCACUUCAGGAGAAAUCUACAGCCCAGCCCUAGGCACAGUCCGAGGGGCCUGCGCCCAGCAGCAGGCCACACACGGGUCCUUUCCCAGCUUCGCCCCACCCAGAGAUCCUCAGGCGGCUCCUUCCUGAGCAAAGGCCUCUAGUGAUGGUUGGUUUCCCAACUUCUCUCAAGAAGGAACGUGCUGUUGGCAAUCCCUGGCUGCCGGGCCCGGGCGGCUGCCAGCCCAGACAAGUCGAGGGGGAGAACCCCGAGACAGGCCUGCGGCCUGCUGCCGGGCUUCCGCCACUGCCGGCUGCUCCCGACCAGACACAGCUCCCUGGCUAGACAUAGCACCUUGGUUUCUGCGUGAAGAAAGGGGGCUCCUCUCUGUCCCCCUCAGGCGACCCCUCAGCCAAGGUCUCAGGGCCAUGCAGCCACUCUCAGGGCCCUUUGGUCACCUCCCUGGGGAGAUGAAUGACAACUGCUGGUAGAGGUGAGACUCCUUUCACCCAAGAGGUGUUUCUCUGUCCCACCUGCUUUCAGGAUCCAUCUUUGUCUCUCUGGGUCUAACUGGGUGAGGGGGAAACUGACGAGAACUUCCCUGCCCCUCCUAGACGCUGGCUGUGAGGAGGCACUGGGCAGGCCGGGGAGACACACGCUGGGAGCGCUCGGGGUGCAGAGCCUCUGCCCCCUCCCACUGGCCAGGGGCACAACGGGCAGAGGACUGGGGGGGGGGAGGGACACGCGCCUGACAAAAGCCAUUUCCCACAAGGCAAGAUGACAGAAGUGGUCUGAGCCUUUCACAAGCCUGCUUUCUAGAAGAGGGAGACGGGCCAAGCCAAGGUACGCACAGAGAUUCCGGCAAAAAGUCACCCGGGAAGCUUGUGGGUGGGCAAGACGGAGACAACUCCUCUCUGGGGCCUGGAGCCAGCGGGCAGAGCAAGGGGCUGGGAAUUCAGACCUCUCUUCAAAGGCAAGACAGACACCAAGGCCACCCUGGGGCUCUCUGUGUGAGAAACACCAUGUAACCUUAAGAAAUCUCAUUCCUUUGUUCUUCCUAAGCACCAAGGGCCGAUGCAGCCAGCGUGCCCCCUGCGCCCUCCCAGCAGGCAGGUGCGUGGGCGCCAAUGAGCCUCACUGCCCACUUCCUUCCAAGUCGUCCCCCCGAGCGCUCCAAAUGCUGGUGGCUGAAAGACCAAGAGCAGCACCAAAGGAAGGGGUCUUAUGUAGGCACCAGCCUUUUGCUCUAGCAAAAUCCGAGGGGAGAGUGGGUAGGGCCCUGAUACCAUCCGCGCUCCGCUUGGGCUCCAGCAACAGAAGCCCAGACCCCUGCACCGAGAAGAGAGGGCGGUCUUUCUGAGGGGGGACCGGCAGGGGAGCCCCGCCCUGCCUGGCAGGGCUGCGGCCGGCCGCCGUCCGCGGUCAGAGAUCAUGGAGACGAGCCCCACAGUCUCGAGAUACAAACGCAGCAAAAUGUCAUCAUGAUCAGCAGGUUCUGUGCUAAAAAAUUAUAACUACACAGCAUUUUCUCCAGUUCUGACACCUUUUUAAUAGAAAUCACUGUUUUUAGGAAACAAAUAGCACUUUUGUAAUUUUUUUUACAAUGUUUCUUACCUUGAUCUUAAUUUAAGUAACACUAGGAAGACCUCAAUAUCUUUUAUUUUUCUUUUUUAAUUAAAAAAAAAAGUUGUGUUUUUUUUCCCCCAGAUACAAAGAUUUUGCCCUUGCAUAAAAAAAAACAGUGCCCCGAACGAUGACACAAGGACUCACACGGACUCACUGGACCUCACUGACACUAUGGCUCCUAUUCUACCAUGCAAGGUCUCGACUACCUUAAUUGGACUGUCAGCCUGAAAAACAGCUUUGCUAUUCCUUAUUUUAGUUUUUGUUACCAAAAAAGUAAAAUAGACGACAAAAUAAAACUUUUGUUUUGAAAGGAAAAAAGAACAAAAACAAAAAUUGGGAAAAAAGAAAAAAGAAAGAAAUGUCUCCAUUCAGUUCACACACACCCGGGUCGCGUGCUGCUUCGCUCGGGAUCUUCCUUCUUAUAAAUAUAGAAAAGGGAUGGAGCUUGUUUUCAAGUAAAAUCACCGAUCCACCUUUUUUCCUUCCUCGACACACCCUUCUUCCUCCCCGCCCUGGGCAGGGGCCGCCGGGCCGGGCUCUGCUCGUUCUCGGGGAGGGAAGGACCCCAUCUCCCACCUACGCGCACCGAUCUGCCCAAGCGGGGAACCUGGGGGGCGGCGGGGCGCUGGGGAGAAGAACCGGCCGCGGUCCUUGGUGCCCCCCUCUCCGCACGCUGGGGCCGCCACAGACAAUGAGAAAUACUGCUUGUUUGAUAUACUUUUCC